AUGGAAUCAAUCAACUUCGCCAAGGGCUACGACAAAGUGAGAAGCUCCAGCUCCGUUCAUCUAGAAGUCGAGGAUCAAGGUCGCCAUCCACAAGCCACCAAACCAAUCAAAAAAUCCCGAAUCGCGGUCGCCUCCGCCGCCGUCUUCCUCACCGCCGCCCUCGCCCUCAUGCUCUUUGCUCUGAUUCACCACACCAACACCGAACAUCCGUCGCCGCCGGAGGAUCACCCCGUCGCUGCAGCGACGACGCUCGAUUCAAUCAGAGCCGUCUGCAACGUGACCCAGCACCCGGACUCCUGCCUCGCGGCCAUAUCUGCCGCCGUAGGCGGCAAUCCGAAGCCGGUGACCGACCCGGAGGAGAUCCUCAAGGUCUCGAUCCAAGUCUCCCUGAAGAGGUUCGCGGAUCUGGCUUCCCUGUUCCGCAAUUCGUCAGGCGGCGAGUGGGGAUCGAAGGCCGCGGUGGAUGACUGCGUGGAUCAAUUGGGGGAAGGGGUCAGCAACCUGAACCAGUCGCUGGCGGCUAUGGAGGUUGAAGCUAGUACGGAGGGGAAGAUGUUGACGCCGGCGAAGAUCGACGACUUGAAGACGUGGAUUAGUGCGGCGAUGACCGACGAGGAGACUUGUGGGGACGGGUUGGAGGAAAUGGGGGCCAAGGUUCCGGAAGGGGUGAAGGCGGAGAUGGAGGAUUGCAAGCAAUUGUUGAGUAACAGCUUGGCGAUUCUUGCCAAUAUGCCAAGCCUACUCCGCCAUUUCCAUCUCCAAAUGCAUUAA